ACAGCCCACAAUUCACCUCUGCCCCAGAGGUCUGGAAGCCGGCGUGAGCCUGGGAGCAUCUAAAGUCUGAUCUACUGAAACUCUACCCUCCUCAGGCUGCCUGAAUGAAUGGGACACCUUUAAGUUUCACCUCACCUCCGAGGUCUGCAGUGCGCUCUUCUAUUUUACCACACAGAAGUAAAUCUGAGGAGGCUGCCCACUGCUGAAGAGAAAGGCAAAGCCACUCAAACCUGAAGAAAUGAAAUCGUCAAGGACAGUCACGCUCUACUUCGUGCUUAUUGUGAUUUGUUCCUCAGAAGCUACAUGGAGCAGGCCGGCAGAGCCCAUUGUCCAUCCUUUGAUUCUCCGAGAACAUGAACUAGCAGGGGAAGAGCUACUGAGGCCAAAAAGAGCAGUUGCAGUGGGUGGUCCUGUGGUGGAAGAAUACACCGUGGAUGUUGAGAUCAGUUUUGAAAAUGUCUCCUUCCUGGAGUCCAUCAGAGCUCACUUAAACAGCCUCCGUUUUCCAGUUCAGGGGAACGGCACUGACAUUUUGAGUAUGGCAAUGACUACAGUCUGCACUCCUACUGGGAAUGACCUCUUGUGCUUCUGCGAGAAAGGCUACCAGUGGCCUGAGGAAAGGUGUCUCCCCUCUCUCACUUGUCAAGAGCAUGACAGCGCCCUGCCAGGCCGAUACUGCAACUGUCUGAAAGGACUUCCUCCCCAAGGACCUUUCUGCCAGCUCCCAGAAACAUACAUUACCUUAAAAAUCAAAGUCAGACUGAACAUAGGAUUUCAAGAAGACCUAAAGAACACAUCCUCUGCCCUCUAUAGGUCCUACAAGACUGAUCUGGAAAGAGCGUUCCGAGCGGGUUACAGAACUUUACCAGGAUUCAGAUCGGUGACUGUGACACAGUUCACCAUGGGCAGCGUGAUUGUGGACUACAUAGUCGAGGUUGCAUCGGCACCACUGCCUGGAUCAAUUCAUAAAGCCAAUGAGCAAGUCGUACAGAACCUCAACCAGACUUACAAAAUGGACUACAACUCCUUCCAAGGAACACCAAGCAAUGAAACAAAGUUCACUGUGACACCAGAGUUCAUCUUUGAAGGAGACAAUGUAACUCUGGAAUGCGAAAGUGAAUUCGUGUCCUCCAACACAUCUUGGUUCUAUGGAGAAAAACGGUCUGACAUCCAGAACAGUGACAAAUUCUCCAUUCACACCUCAAUCAUCAACAAUAUAAGCCUGGUCACUCGCCUCACCAUUUUCAACUUCACACAGCAUGAUGCAGGCUUGUAUGGUUGCAAUGUGACACUGGAUAUUUUUGAAUAUGGGACAGUCAGAAAGUUAGAUGUCACUCCCAUCCGGAUUUUGGCCAAGGAAGAGAGAAAGGUGGUGUGUGACAAUAACCCUAUAUCGUUGAACUGCUGCAGCGAGAAUAUCGCGAACUGGAGCAGAAUCGAGUGGAAACAGGAGGGGAAAAUAAACAUUGAAGGGACCCCAGAAACAGACCUAGAGUCUAGCUGCAGCACUUAUACACUCAAGGCAGAUGGAACCCAGUGUCCCAGUGGUUCUUCUGGAACAACAGUCAUCUACACGUGUGAGUUCGUCAGCGUCUACGGAGCCAAAGGCAGUAAGAACAUAGCCGUGACCUUCACCUCUGUAGCCAACCUAACAAUAACCCCGGACCCAAUUUCUGUUUCUGAGGGACAAAGCUUUUCUAUAACUUGCCUCAGCGAUGUGAGUAGCUUUGAUGAGGUGUACUGGAACACUUCCGCUGGUAUUAAAAUCCAUCCAAGGUUUUAUACCAUGAGGAGGUAUCAGGAUGGAGCAGAGUCGGUGCUGACGGUGAAGACCUCCACCAGAGAGUGGAACGGAACCUACCACUGCAUAUUUAGAUAUAAGAAUUCAUACAGCAUAGCCACCAAAGACGUCACUGUUCACCCUCUGCCUCUGGAGUCGGACAUCAUGAUGGAUCCUUUGGAAGCCAGUGGUCUUUGCACCAGUUCCCAUCAGUUCAAGUGCUGCAUAGAAGAGAACAAUGGGGAAGAGUACAUCGUGACCUUCCACGUGGAUUCCUCGUCCUUUCCUGCUGAAAGAGAAGUUAUUGGCAAGCAGGCGUGCUACAAAUACAGUCUCCCAGGAAAGUUACCUCCACGGUGUCCCAAAGACGUUGACGUGUUCUGCCACUUUACCAAUGCAGCCAACAGCUCAGUCCGGAGCCCAUCUAUGAAGCUUACCCUUGUUCCAGGGAAGAAUGUCACAUGCCAGGAUCCCAUCAUAGGUAUUGGGGAACCUGGGAAAGUUAUCCAGAAGCUGUGCCAGUUCGCAGGUGUUUCUAGAAGCCCUGGACAGACCAUUGGUGGAACCGUCACUUAUAAAUGUGUAGGCUCCCAGUGGAAGGAGGAGACAAGGGCCUGCAUCUCAGCCCCAAUCAAUGGUUUGCUCCAGUUGGCCAAGGCUUUGAUCAAGAGCCCCUCCCAGGACCAGAAGCUCCCUAAAUACCUGCGGGACCUUUCUGUUAGCACUGGGAAGGAAGAACAGGACAUACGCUCGUCGCCCGGGAGCCUGGGAGCCAUCAUCAGCAUCCUUGAUUUGCUUUCAACAGUUCCCACUCAAGUGAAUUCAGAAAUGAUGAGGGAUAUACUUGCUACCAUUAAUGUCAUCUUAGACAAGUCCACCUUGAACUCCUGGGAGAAGUUACUACAGCAACAGAGCAACCAGAGCUCUCAGUUCCUGCAGUCAGUGGAGAGGUUUUCCAAAGCGCUCGAGCUGGGAGACAGCACCCCUCCGUUCCUCUUCCACCCUAAUGUUCAGAUGAAGAGCAUGGUGAUUAAACGUGGCCACGCCCAAAUCUACCAACAGAAAUUUGUCUUCACGGACUCUGACCUAUGGGGUGAUGUAGCCAUUGAUGAGUGUCAGCUGGGAAGCUUGCAGCCUCAUUCAUCGAUCGUUACUGUGGCUUUUCCAACUCUCAAAGCCAUCCUGGCCCAGGAUGGACAGAGAAAGACACCUUCCAACAGCCUAGUAAUGACCACCACUGUCAGCCAUAAUAUCGUCAAGCCUUUUAGGAUUUCUAUGACAUUCAAGAACAACCAUCGUUUGGGUGGCAAGCCACAGUGUGUCUUCUGGAACUUCAGCCUUGCCAAUAAUACAGGGGGCUGGGAUAGCAGUGGGUGCACUGUGGAAGAUGAUGGUAGGGACAAUAGGGACAGAGUCUCCUGCAAGUGUAACCACCUGACGUCAUUCUCCAUUCUCAUGUCCCCAGACUCCCCAGACCCAGGAUCUCUUUUAAAAAUACUUCUGGAUAUCAUUUCUUACAUCGGGUUGGGCUUUUCCAUAGUCAGCUUAGCUGCCUGUCUAGUUGUGGAAGCCAUGGUGUGGAAAUCCGUGACCAAGAACCGAACUUCCUAUAUGCGCCACAUCUGCAUCGUCAACAUUGCCCUUUGCCUUCUGAUUGCUGACAUCUGGUUCAUUGUGGCUGGUGCUAUCCACGAUGGGCAUUACCCACUCAACGAAACAGCCUGUGUGGCCGCCACAUUCUUCAUUCACUUCUUCUACCUCAGUGUCUUCUUCUGGAUGCUAACUCUAGGCCUCAUGCUUUUCUACCGGCUGAUUUUCAUUCUACAUGAUGCAAGCAAGUCCACGCAGAAAGCAAUUGCCUUUUCUCUAGGCUAUGGCUGUCCACUCAUUAUCUCAUCCAUCACAGUGGGGGUUACACAGCCACAGGAAGUUUACAUGAGGAAGAAUGCAUGUUGGCUCAACUGGGAGGACACCAGAGCACUGCUGGCUUUUGCCAUCCCAGCGUUGAUCAUUGUGGUGGUGAAUGUGAGCAUCACAGUUGUGGUCAUCACCAAGAUCCUAAGGCCCUCUGUCGGAGACAAGCCAGGCAAGCAGGAGAAGAGCAGCCUAUUCCAGAUCAGCAAGAGCAUCGGAGUCCUCACGCCACUCUUGGGGCUCACUUGGGGUUUUGGUCUGGCCACAGUGAUCCAAGGGAGCAAUGCUGUGUUCCACAUCAUAUUUACUCUCCUCAAUGCCUUCCAGGGGCUCUUCAUUUUGCUCUUUGGCUGCCUCUGGGAUCAGAAGGUGCAGGAAGCUUUGCUGCAUAAGUUUUCAUUGUCAAGGUGGUCUUCUCAACACUCAAAGUCAACAUCCUUAGGUUCAUCAACACCUGUGUUUUCGAUGAGUUCUCCGAUAUCCCGAAGAUUUAAUAAUCUUUUUGGUAAAACAGGAACAUAUAACGUUUCCACCCCAGAGACAACCAGCUCAUCCGUGGAAAAUUCCUCUAGUGCUUACUCAUUGCUCAACUAGGACCAGAUAGUGCCAAAUUCACAGGAGCUCUCAGAAAUAGGGCCCCUGCCAAGAAAAGGGACCCAUAUCCAAAUCUAUGGGUAAAGUGUUCUCUCUGCAGACUUCUGGGAGCAGAUGCUGAAGAGACUCUUUGAAUAGAGAAGAUGCUUUCUUUUGUAAAGACAGACUAAAUGCAAUGGCCAUGUUUAAUUUUGCUCCCACCCCUAUCCCUUGUGUAAUGCCAAAUAUGUAUAGUAUUUAAAAGAACCCUCCUACAAGGCUCAA